GUCAGUGUCAAGUUGAAUCAAGGAUUCGACGAGCGUUGUAAUUGUAUUGUAAUCAAUCACAGGUUGCGGUGAUUUUAUUAAUUAAAUUCUUACUGAUAUUUUAUAUUUGGUUACACAGCUAUUGAAUAAUUUGAUUCCUCUUUUCGGUAUUAUUAUAAAUUCAAACCAAAAAUGAACGCACCGCCAACCUUUGAAUCAUUUCUUCUAUACGAUGGUGAAAAGAAAGUCCAGAAAGAGGAAGAUACAAAAGUUACAAACGCCGCUAUUUUUACGGUCAAUAAAGAAGACCAUACACUCGGCAACAUGAUAAGACACCAGCUUUUGAAGGACCCAAAAGUCUUAUUCGCUGGUUACAAAGUGCCUCAUCCAUUGGAACACAAAUUUGUUCUUCGUAUUCAAACAACAUCAGACUACACACCACAAGAAGCUUUUAUGAAUGCUAUCACAGAUCUCACUUCCGAAUUGUCCUUAUUUGAAGAGAGAUUUAAGGAAGCAAUUAAAGAAAAGAAGGAUGGAUUAGAUUAAGAUGCCACACAUACACAUUAUGGUUUUCGUAACAUAUAAAAAAGAAUUUCCCAAAAACUUCAGCCCAAUCUAUGACUAGUUUUAUAUAAUAGCAGUGAAGAAUGUGGAAAUGAGGAUAUUCAUUUUUAUAGAAGAAUUUUUAAAUAAAUGUAAAAAUAAAUGAUCUUAAGUUUUAGUGUUAAGAUUCAUUAAGAAAAUAAAAUAUUUUUCUAGACAAAAUAUGUGUUUUAUUAAAUUAAUUUUAACACAAUUACACUAUGUUUAUGGAAA